GUGUAGGGCCAUGGGCGGGGUGUGGACAGUACAGCGAUGGCCGCCCCCGGUCCGCGUCGGACUGUGGCUUCCUGAAGCUGCAAGCGAGCGGGGUCUCGAAGGCCGGCCACGUCGCCAUGUACCCCCCGCCGCCGCCGGCGCCUCACCGGGACUUCAUCUCGGUGACGCUGAGCUUGGGCGAGAGCUACGAUAACAGCAAGAGCCGGCGGCGGCGCUCGUGCUGGAGGAAAUGGAAGCAGCUGUCCCGAUUACAGCGAAACGUGAUUCUUUUCCUGUUGGCAUUGUUGGUGCUCAGUGCUUUCCUGUCCUACAGCCACAUGGCGGGCCAGUGGAAAGGUGCCAGCCCCACAGAAGGGCAGAGGCUGAGGGUGGAAAUGACUGGACAGAAACCAGCAAACCCACCAGUCUUACCAGCUCCACAGAAGGCAGACAUCAGCCCAGAGGAUGUGGCCACCAUGUUGCCUCAGAAACCUCGAAAGCAUAUCCGGAGGGGACCCCCCCAUCUGCAGAUCAGAGCCCCCAACGCAGACUCCAAGGAUGGUAUGCAGGGUGAGGCUAAGGAGCAGGUGGCCGCCCCGGGGGACGCUCGCCAGGAAGAGCCGCCACAUCACACAGUCAUCAGCUGGCGGGGAGCAGUGAUCGAGCCUGAGCAGGGCACUGAGCACCCUUCAAGAAGAGCAGCCGGCCCCACCAUGCCCUCCGUGCCAGCUGUCAGGAUGCAGAAGGACCCUGGCCCCCUGAAUGCGCGCCAGAAGGGGGUGAUCGAAGCCUUCCUCCACGCAUGGAAGGGGUACCGCAGAUUCUCUUGGGGCCACGACGAGCUGAAGCCGCUGUCCAGGUCCUUCAACGAAUGGUUUGGCCUGGGCCUCACCCUGAUCGAUGCCCUGGAUACCAUGUGGAUUCUGGGUCUGAAGAAAGAAUUUGAAGAAGCUAGGAAGUGGGUGUCGACAGAGCUGAACUUUGAGAAAGACGUGGACGUCAACCUGUUUGAGAGCACCAUUCGCGUCCUGGGGGGCCUGCUGAGUGCCUACCACCUGUCCGGGGACAGCCUCUUCCUGAGGAAAGCCGAAGACUUUGGAAAUCGGCUGAUGCCUGCCUUUGCCACGCCUUCCAAGAUCCCGUACUCAGACGUGAACAUCGGCACUGGAGUCGCCCACCCACCCCGCUGGACUUCGGAUAGCACGGUGGCCGAGGUGACGAGCAUCCAGCUGGAGUUCCGGGAGCUUUCUCGUCUCACGGGGAUUAAGAAAUUCCGGGAGGCCGUGGAGAACGUGACGAGGCACAUCCACUCCCUGUCUGGGAAGAAGGACGGGCUGGUGCCCAUGUUCAUCAACACGCACAGCGGCCUCUUCACCCACCUGGGCGUGUUCACCCUGGGCGCCAGGGCCGACAGCUACUACGAGUACCUGCUGAAGCAGUGGAUCCAGGGCGGGAAGACGGAGACACAGCUGUUGCAGGACUACCUCGCAGCCGUCGAGGGGGUGAAAGCACACUUGCUGCGGCGCUCCGAGCCCGGGAAGCUCGUCUUCGUUGGGGAGCUUGCCCACGGCCGUUUCAGUGCCAAGAUGGACCAUCUGGUGUGCUUCCUGCCAGGGACGCUGGCCCUGGGCGUCCACCACGGCCUGCCAGCGGAGCACAUGGAGCUGGCCCUGGCGCUCAUGGAGACCUGCUACCAGAUGAACCACCAGAUGGAGACGGGGCUGAGCCCCGAGAUCGCGCACUUCAACACCUUCUUCCAGGCCGACCUGAAGGAUGUGAUAGUCAAGCCAGCUGACAGGCACAACCUGCUGCGCCCCGAGACUGUAGAGAGCCUGUUCUACCUGUACCGCCUGACGGGGGACCACAAGUACCAGGACUGGGGCUGGGAGAUCCUGCAGAGCUUCAACAAGUACACGCGGGUCCGCUCGGGGGGCUACUCUUCCAUCAGCAAUGUCCAGAACACCCACAAGCCAGACCCCAGAGACAAGAUGGAGAGCUUCUUCCUGGGCGAGACGCUUAAGUACCUCUACCUGCUGUUUUCCGAUGACCCAGACCUGCUCAGCCUGGACCGCUACGUGUUCAACACUGAGGCUCAUCCCCUGCCCAUCUGGGGCGCUGCCUAGGGCAGCUCCUGGCCUGGGCCCGGGCCCUCGGGUGUUCUCCCAGGGCCCCUAUGGUGUCGGUGGGCAGCUGCUGAGCCUCCCUGUGCCUACCCUGGCCCCAGCCAUUGUGUCUGCCCUGGUCAGCAGCCAUGGGUGCAGGGCGACCAGCCCACGGGAACCCCUGCCUCCUCCUUCCACAUCACUCAAACCGUGACUCCCAAGCCCUGAACAUCCGUUGCUUAUUGCAGGGAACCACAUGGUGGUCCUAGGGCCACUGGUCACCUGGGCGGCUGCAGCCUCUCGAGUUCUGAGGAGCUGAGAGGCAGUCUGCGGGGCAGCCGGGGCACGGCCAGCAGAGCUCGGGGGGUUCUGACCGAGGGUCAGCCGCCGUGGCUUGCUGUGGCGUCUACAUGUCGGACUCAGGGAUCCUCCUGGCGGCUCUGCAGGGCUAGGCUGCCGGAUGGAAUGGGACUUCCUGGCUGGGAUAAGGAUAGCUCGCUCCGCCCAUGACAGUGCCCGAAAGGAGGGGUCCCUACAGGUGGGAAGAGGCCUGUGGAGGUCCCUUGUCCCUUGUCCCGUGUCUCAUAUGGGGCCGCUGCCCACAGUGGGGAGGGCCCUUGCCUUGGGUAGCACCCUGUGGCCAGGACAGGUGGGGCCCGUGCCACGCCCUGCCUGGGGUGGGGUCUUUGUGCCUUUGUGUGGUCCUCUUGGUCCUGCCUGUCGGGCAGAGUCCUCAUCCUGGGACUGACCUGGGUCCCAGUCCAGGGGACCCCUUGGGGCAGCAUGAUUCCACUCUUGUGUGGCCCGAACAGCCCAUGGUUGAGGAGGUCCCUUUCCCUGGAGAGGCAGAGCUCAGGCAGCGCAGGGGAGGCCCCUGGACAGGCCCUCGAGGCCUGUAUGCCACACAGCCCUCAAGAGCCAGCUCCCAAGGUGGUCAGGACCUGUCUUCUGGCCACCUGCAGCUCGGUAUCCAGGUGGCAGCCCGCUGCCUCCUGGGACAGCAGGAACCCAGGGGCUUCCUGAGACUCCUGCCCCCACCGGUGUCUGCAGGAAAAGACCACCCAUGUUCCUCAGGCCACGCCUGCCCAGGAUGCCCGGCCCUGCCCACAUGGGUGGCUGUGCUGCUGCCCCCUGGGCCAGGCAUGGGCUCGAGGGCGGGCAGCUGAGGAGUGAGUUCCUCCCAUGCCCAGCCUCCCUUGCAGCUGUGCUGUAGAGGGCAGAGCUGGCUGGGGCCGGGGACAUGGGGACCAACUGGAGAGCUCAUCUGCUGUGCAGUGAUGUGGCUUUGGUGUCCACUCUGCCCUGUGGGGAGCCCUGUCCUGGGGAAGGGCAGAUUCUGUCGUCACCCUAAAUAUCGACCUCAGCGCCGAGGAAUCUGUGCUUCAUUAAAUGUUUAUUGGUCUCA